AUGAGCAGUGAAAAUGACAAAGACUGCCUCAUACCCUUGCCCACUAGACAUCUCGAAAGGCUCCUGAUCGGAGUUCAUUCCUCCAACAAGCGCACCAUGCUCAAAGAAGCAAAGAUUAAAUUACAGGUCAAGAGCAUGGCGGCUGCCCCUGGAUCUCCCUGGUGGCUGCCAGCGGAGACGAGCUCCGGUCUGAUCUGCGACAUCCUCCCUACCAUCGGCGGUGGAGGCACGGUCAAGAGGCAUGAUAAGCCUCGCAUCAACCUGGCAGCGAUGCGCAAUGUGUCGCUGGUUAGUACUGACCUCAGGUUUGCCACGCUGACUGACCCGUCGAGGCGCAUGGCGCGCGCAACAAUGGAUGCUGCCGGAGCGCGCAAGCUCCAGUCCCUUGGAGGCGCGAGCCUCAGUACGCACGCCAAGCAUUAG